AUGAUCGUUUUGUGGGUAACACUGCUUCUCCUCCAUCAGGCGUGUAAGUGAUGAAAGUUUUUGUUUUCAUGACUCAAAUUUUUUUUCAUAUCUGAUGUUAAGUGAUUAUUACAAUAAACCCCCUUUAUAUCAUUGCUGAAUUUGAAUUGAUUGUCCUUUUUAUUUUAGAUGCGCUGAUCCCGGUGGAAACAGUUCCAGUUGGUGAAUCCGUGACCUUUAUGUGUGUUUUCCCUGACAUGUUGCGUGAAACAAUCUGCUGGUACAAGCAGCGUGCCGGGGAAACUCUGAAAUUGAUUGUGAGGCUGCACAAAAAUAUGAAGCCUGAAUAUGAACAAGAGUUUCCUGCACUAAAAUUUAAUGUAAACAUGAACAAAAAUACAAGCAAUCUUAUCAUUUCAAACAUAACUUCAGAGGAUGAGGGGAUGUAUCACUGCAGGAUAUCAGAGUGGAAUAUUGAGACUUCAUGGAGUGCAACCUAUUUGUCCGUAACAGGUAAAUAUAAGAUUCAAAUCAUUUAUGCACCUUUUAGACAAGCAGCUUUGACCGAACUUUAUUCAUACUCAAGUAUUUUAGUAAUAUCAUAUAUUAUAUUUUAUUUGAAUGAUACAUUUGAAAUAAAGGACAUGAGUCAAAGCUGCAGCAGCUCAACUGUCUGCCCUAGUUUUACCAUAAACUUCUUUAUUGGAGAGCAAGACACUCUUUGUGUGUGACUUAGCAACAACAGUGUGAUUCAGGGAACUAAAGAGAAUUGCAACCAAAAAAACAACCUGAACAGCUUGUAAGUAAAAUUAUUAUAGACUAUCAAAUAACUCUGAACUGCACUGUGAUUGUAUCUGUCACUGACUGUGAAGAAAAGAGGAUUUGAGUCAGUGAAAAACAAACAAUGCAUAAUCACUUUUCUUCAAUGUGAAAGUUUCCUUCAGGAAUGUAAUGUAAACCUUGUCUUUUACCUUUGCUUAUAUAAAGGAAACACUAAGAAGACAUCAGACUUGACUGUGGUUCAGUCUCAGACAGUCUCUGAUCCAGUCCAUCCAGGAGACUCGCUGUCUCUGCAGUGUUCAGUCCUCUCUGACUCUGAGAAUCAAACGUGUUCAGGAAGUCACCGUGUGUUCUGGUUCAGAGCUGGAUCAGAUAGAUCUCAUCCAGACCUCAUCUACACUGAUGGAAACAAACAAGAUGACUGUGACCAGAGAUCUGACCCUCAGAAAAGCUGUGUUUAUCACUUCUCUAAGAGCGUCAGCUCCUCUGAUAAUGGGACUUACUACUGCGCUGUGGCCACAUGUGGACGGAUUCUGUUUGGAGACGGAGCUCGAGUGGACAUUAAAGGUAACAACAAAACAUUUUGUUACUGAGGAAAUUGUAGAAUUAUGUUUCAAGUAUUUUUUUUUUUACAGUUUUUCCUUUUUAAUUCAGUAUUAGGAAACUCUUCACCUUCUUCCUACCCGGUUAUUUUUCUGUUGAGUGCUGUUUUGGCUCUAAGUCUGAUCGUCAUAACUUCCCUCAUUUAUUGCAUCAAGAAGAAAAAGAAGAAUAACUAUUGUAACGGUAAUAAUAGCUCUGCUUUUUCUCUAUAUCUCUUAUUUUAUUCUAUGUUUAUUAUAUCAUGUUUAUUUACUUUUAUGUAAUUUCAGCUUCUCUUGUCAUGCAAAACAACUGCGAUGGUUGGAGAAGUCAGCUGCUGGAGAGUUUAAAGGUAGGACUGAGUCAUUUUUAAAACUGACUGUGAACAUGGUGAAAUCUCUUGUCUCAUAUACAUGUUUCCUCAGAGAGAAGAGGUUUAUUCAGCCGCUGUCUUCACCGUGAUGAGCUCAGAGAGAGGAACGGUGAAGAGGGCAAGAGCAGCAGAGAAAGAGAGGAUCUACGCCGCUGUGAGGGCUUUUGGUUUUGAGUAG